UACCAUUCGGCCAUAUUGCAUUUUCUUUGGCAAAGUUUUGUAUGUUUGCUAUAGUUUUUGUUCAGCUACAAUCCUUGUUGGGACGAAAUGAGCAAGCAGGCGGAGAGCGUAGGCGAUGAAGAAUUAGACAUUGAUGAAUUAAAUGUUACAUCGGCCGUUUUAAUGGCGGGAGCGCAUCACUUGGGAAAACAGUGCGAUGAAGAUUUCAAAAAGUUCAUGACUUGUCGGUAUGAUACUCGCGACCCGAGGAAAUGUUUGGAAGAAGGCAGGAAAGUUACCGGUUGUGCUUUGGGAUUCUUCAAAACUGUAAAAGCCAACUGCAAUGAUGAGUUUGCUUCGUACUGGACUUGCUUGGAUCAUAAUAAUCAAGAGUUUGGUUAUUGCAGAAAGCCGCAAAAAUACUACGAUUCUUGCUUGUUGGAAAAAUUGGGCUGGAAGACCGAUCAACCAGUGCAUUUAAAACUUUGACUACACUGUGUGCAUUAUGCUGUGAAAAUAUCUUUUAUGUGAAUUUUGCAUCAUCUUUGAAAGCUACCACUGUGUUAUUAUAUUUGAAAGAGACCAUUUGUAAUUUAAUAAUGUUGGUAUUUUAAAUACAUGUAUUCCAAUAUGA